AUGUCCAUCAACAAGUCCAGCCGCGACUCGAGGUCCCUUGCGGACGACCUCAACGCUCUUGCACAGCAGCUUGAUGCCACCUCCAAAGGCGUCCGCGCAACGUCUUCGUCACUCGACGAUCUCGCAGAUGAACGCGCUCGGGUCGUGAACGCAGCAGAGGCCUUGCUCAAGGAUCUCAAGCCGGCGGACCCCGUCAUGACCUCCAUGAUAACCAUGGUACAAUUCACGGCUGUCCGUCUUUUCGUCGGGUGGAAGGCUUUUGACAUCAUCGCCUCUGCCGGGACCAUUACCAUCGCAGACCUCGCUGCAAGGCUCGACGCAGACGUGUCCCUCAUUCGCCGUCUCACCGGUAUCCUUAUAUCCACCGGGGUCCUGAAGCAAGUUGACGGCGACUGCUUGACCAUGACACCGGCCAGCUCGCCUUUUGUUUCGUCUAGCCCUUUCAGUGCACUCGUCAUGAUGGGCUUUGACGACCACCUCAAGACGUUGCAUUCGGCACCAGCCUACUUCGACAAGUAUGGCCGCAAAGAGCCUACGGGGCGAUACGACACGAUGCACGCAUUUGCUGCUGGUGACCCCAAGCUCACGGUCUGGGAGCACACAAAUCGCGACCCGCAGAAGAAGUCUUACUUCAUGACUGCCAUGAUGGCCAUCGCGAGCCGAAUGCCCAUGAUCGGGUUUUACGACUUUGCUUGGGUCCUCGACAAGAUGCACGAGGCGCCCGACAGGGUUCUGGUCGUUGACGUCGGAGGCGGCAAGGGUCAUGCGCUGCAGGCCAUUCACAAGGCCACGCCUGGCCUGCCCAUGGCUCGCUGUGUCGUUGAGGAUCUCCAAGCGGUCGUCGACGAAGCCAAAAAGACCGCUACUGGUGAGCUGGCAGACGCGCAGUACGUUGCUAUGGAUUUCCAUUCCGAACAGCCCGUAAAAGGCGCCUGCAUCUAUUACAUCCGAAGGUGCCUCCACGACUAUGGCGACGAUGUUUGCGUGGAAAUCCUGCAGCGGCUUCGCGAUGCCAUGGUCGAGGAUAGCCGCGUUCUCAUUGUAGAGCAGGUCUUGAGCGACCCGCCGCUGCCACUGGCGGCCGCUACAGAUGUUUACAUGGCGACAAUUGGAGGCAAAGAGCGGACGCUGCAGGACUUCCACGAAAUUGCGGCUCGAGCAGGGCUGGCGAUUGUGACGGCGCAUCCAGCGCCCGGGUCGGACGUUGCGGUAAUUGAGUGUCGAAAGACGGUGUGA